CUAAGUAUUGCUCCUCCUUCAAUAACUUACUGGUGGCUGCGAAUGUCGUCUUGCCUCCUCCCUUCUCCAGCCCGCCUCCCUGUCUCUAUCUUCACCCGCUGAGCAACAGAGGCAGCCGUUCCUCAAGUCUGGGAGGAGGGUGCAAAGUUCCGCAUUAAGGACGUCAAGCGCAAGAGCUCUAAUGGAACGUCUAUCAACAGCGAGCGGCCGAGUCCUGAAGAGCUUGAGUGUCAGUCCGAAGGCAUAUCCGAAUCCAGUAUCGACAUACCUCGCGUUCGAGCUGGAAAAAUUAGCCCUCACGAUCCGCCUCCCUCAGUUCUUCCCCAUCAUGCCGCCUCAGCCCCAGAGCUUGCAGAGCCAGUUCUGCGAGACUCGAUCAUCGCUCGCUACUCAUGCCGAGAAGAUUCAGACGCUUGACCAGGCGGGAUGCGCAGCGUCGACUGGGCCAGCAGACGACCACUCGGACGUGCUCUACGUACCGGCAGGCCAGAAGCGCGAGGACGGACGCGCGCGGACGGUGGACUGUCUCAAUUGCUCACGCACGACGCUCUCUGAUCCGACCCAGCCCGCUCCAGAGUACAUACCGCGCUACCAGCGCAACGCUCUACUGCAAGACCUUAUCGGUGGUGCGCGCACUCGGCUCCGGCGCGCUUUUGGAUCCAUCGUUGUCGGACACGACGUCCGCCGAGACGGCGCGAGUGCGACUGGCACGGCGCUCGCGCGAUUCUGGGUCAGCCGCUCGCGCGACGACUUCGUUUUCAGGAUGCCAGAGAAUGACCGGACUCCGCCCGUGCUUGAGGAGACGUUAAUGUCUCGGCGGCCUAACUACGUUUUACAGACCACCUUCCGUCGUCCUUCACCGAGCCCUACGUCCAUCCUCGACCUCUCGACCUCCCUGCAUCAGGACGAGUGCGCGUUGUGUGUGGUUUGUUGUCGCACGCGCGCCUUCUCUCCGACACCGUAUA